AUGCGCCUCAACGGCUCGGCGCCCGGCCCCCAGGUCGCCCCAGCCGGCGACCCCCUCUCGCGGCCCCCGUCGGGGCUGGAGGCGGCGCUCCUGGCUCCCGGCUUCGGCAACAGCUCGGGCAACGCGUCGGAGCCCGUGCAAGCGCCCAGCAGCGACCUGGACGUGAACACGGACACUUACUCCAAGGUGCUGGUGACCACCGUGUACCUGGCGCUCUUCGUCGUGGGCACGGUGGGCAACUCGGUGACGGCGUUCACGCUGGCGCGCAAGAAGUCCCUGCAGAACCUGCAGGGCACCGUGCACUACCACCUGGGCAGCCUGGCGCUGUCUGACCUGCUCAUCCUGCUGCUGGCCAUGCCCGUGGAGCUGUACAACUUUAUCUGGGUGCACCACCCCUGGGCCUUCGGCGACGCCGUGUGCCGGGGCUACUACUUCCUCCGAGACGCCUGCACCUACGCCACAGCCCUCAACGUGGCCAGCCUGAGCGUGGAGCGCUACCUGGCCAUCUGCCACCCCUUCAAGGCCAAGACCCUCAUGUCCCGCAGCCGCACCAAGAAAUUCAUCAGCGCCAUCUGGCUGGCCUCUGGCCUCCUGGCCCUGCCCAUGCUCUUCACCAUGGGCCAGCAGAACCGCAGCGCCGACGGCCAGCACCCCGGCGGCCUGGUGUGCACGCCCAUCGUGGGCACGGCCACAGUCAAGGUCGUCAUUGAGGUCAACGCCCUCACGUCCUUCGUGAUCCCCAUGGCGAUCGUCUCCGUCCUGAACUCGGUCAUCGCCAACAAGCUGACGGUCAUGGUCCGCCAGGCGGCCGAGCCGGGCCCCGCGUGCAGGGCCGGGGACCCGCACCGCUCCUUCAGCAUGGCCAUCGAGCCCGGCCGGGUGCAGGCCCUGCGGCACGGCGUCCGCGUCUUACGUGCCGUGGUCAUCGCCUUCGUGGUCUGCUGGCUGCCCUACCACGCGCGGCGCCUCAUGUUCUGCUACAUUUCCGACGAGCAGUGGACCCCGUUCCUCUUCGACUUCUACCACUACUUCUACAUGCUCAGCAACGCGCUCUUCUACGUCAGCUCCGCCAUCAACCCGGUGCUCUACAACCUCGUCUCCGCCAGCUUCCGCCAGGCCUUCCUGGCCACCCUGGCCUGCCUCUGUCCCCUGUGGGGGCGCCGGAGGAAGAGGCCAGCCCUCUCCAGGAAGACCAACAGCGUGUCCAGCAACCACACCUUCUCCAGCAACGUCACCCGGGAAACGCUGUACUAGGGUGGGGGGGCACUCAGAGAGGGGCUGCCGCUGGCCUCCAGCCGUCCUGGGAGCUGCUCCUCUCUCCCCCCCCUCACCUCCCCUGCGCCCGCCUCGCUCUCCCCUUUGAAAGCCAGAGACAGCUCGAGCCUCCCAGACCGAAAAGGGCCUUAAUGGGGAGAACUCAGUGUCAGGUGAAAGGCAGUCGUCUUUGUUCUCAGACUAAUGGAUGUUUAGACAGAAAAGGACUGAAAGCAGCAGGUCGGGCCGGGCCCUGGGCAGCCGGGCAGCCGUCAGGAGGGGGCGACCCUGGGAGCCGGCGCUGGGUGGAGGCCAGCCGGCAGGACCCUGCUGUCCUGGCACCAGAGGGCCUCCGUCGCGCCUCCAGGCACUCAGGACCCCGUGGGCCGCUCUCCAGCUCUGCCAGGGCAGGUCCUAGGAAGCUUUGAUGUGGCAAGAGGACAGUGAGGGGUCAGCCCGGCCCCGGGCCGCCCCCUCCCCGCCACUCCUCCCCAGGCCAAGGCAGCCAGGCUCUGCACAGAUGCCACUGCAGGGCCGUUCGGCCGAGAAGCCCUCCAUCCCGGCUCUGCGGACACAAGGCCAGGUCAGCGGGGUCCCGGUGGCCAGACCAGUGACAUCCCACGUGCUCUCACUCCCCCUGUCCGGCUGAGCUCCUGCCGCUGCAGUGGAUGCCCUGCAGUAGAGGGGAGUCACGAGAGAUGCCAGCUGUGGGGCCUGGGCUGCAGGCGAGAAGGAGGCACUCUGGGCACCCAGAAGGGCAGAUGCCCCCUUGAACUCUGGGGGCUGGUCUCCAGACAGGAUGGCCCCGGGAAGGCAGGUCCCUGGGGAGCUGCCCCAGACCAGCUGCGACACUGCGUGGCCGGAGCCAGAAGUGAGACGCAGACCUUUUAAGCAGGUCCUCCCUGGGCCUGGGGCAAGCCCGCCAGAAGGGAGACAGGCGGGCAGACGGGCAGAGGACCUGCGUGGAUGGCGAUGACCUGGGCCUAGUCUGGGGUCGGCCAGGACUCAGUCCCCCACCCAGGAUGCUACAGCAUCCGUGGUCCAUGGUCACUUCGGAUCUGGGCCCUGAUGUGAACACUAUGUGACUUGCAUCCCCAAAGUCCUCCUCCAGGCUGUUCACCAAGAACGGGGCAGGCAGUCUGACCCUGACCCCGUGGCUGCAGCACGGGGCUGAGGUCACUCAGAGCUCCCCAUGAGCUUCGGCUCUGGGUGGGAGAGCAGGAGCCCAGCGGAGAGGCUGAGGUCAGCCAGCCCUGGCCCUCAGGACCGCCCUGCCAUCCCUGGACCCCGGGCACAGUGCGAUUCCCACGCGCCUCGGUUUCCCCAGGCGCCCGAGAUGUAGGCGUGGUCACUACACCCACUCAGCCAGGCCUGGACGUGGCGGCCCCGGAGGUGGGGGCAGAGUGGACGUGGGGCGAGAUGCCCGCCACCCAGACCCUCCUGUCGGCCCACUUCACAUCAGUGGGGACCCAUGUCUACGCCCUGCCGGACCCCCCCAAGCCUCCCCAGCUCUGGCUGCAUCUCCCUGGAACCCCAGAGGCCGGCUCUGUGUGCCGUGUGUGUCUGGUCUCAGGGUCCAGCGCCCGUGUGGCUGGUCAGCAGUGAUGCCGAAACCCCGUGAUGUACACUGACCCCAGCGGCGCACACGUCCCGCAGCGACACUCAGUAAAGGAAUAAAGGCGACUGGACCCGGCUCCCCAGGAGGCCACGGGCCGCGUGCAGCCGUCACUCAGCAGACAGCCCUCUCCCGGCCCCUUUGCCAACACGCAUGCGCUCUGCCCCGUUUCCCGGGGACCGGGCAGGAUGCGCCAGCUCAGGCCCUGCCCCCCUGAGCUUUGAGAAGCAGCUGGUGCAGGACUCGGGGUCCCAGGGCUCAGGGUCCUGAUCUGUGGCCUAGGCACGGGCAAGGCCCAGUGAAGGUGGGGACCAGGGUCCUGUGACUCUGGGGCGUCCCCUCCCACCAGCCCAAGGAGCUGAAGGGCCCCGGAGGCCAACAGGUGGGGAGCCGGGCCAGGGAGGGCCGUCAGCCUGUCCUCCCACCCAGCGGCCCUGUCUGGAAUCUCCCACCAGCAGGAGAGGCGUCACGGCCCCCUCCUUCCCCCGCCCCAUCUCGACGCAGCAGUGUCCGUGGUGGAUCCAGCCGGGGGACAUAAGGAAAGCACCUUUCCAGGUUGCAGGCUUCCCCCCGCCCCCCACUUCCCCACCUGCCAGGGUCCCCACAAGGCCUGGCUUCCUCGAAGCUGCCCCAUCCUGAUUGGCACAGGCCUGAGGUGCGAGGCCCAAGGCCUUCGGAGUCACCGCCCCCCCAUCAGCAAGGAAGGGACUCCCACUCACCCUGAGGCAUAAGGGAUUCAUGGGCAAGCCCCAGUAGGUACACUGGCGGUUUAUAAGACUAUCCAAAGGAAUGAAGCUCUAACCGUGGGAUUUCAGGCCAGCCCAGGAGAGAAAUCUUUGGGGACCGUGGCAGGAAGUCCCAAACCACAGCCGCACCUCAAGGCGCCAUCCCGUGAGGCCAGAGCUCUGAGGCCCCCGCCCUGCCGCCUACAGGCUCUCUGAGCGCUGGUCCCUCUUCCAGCCCCAGACAGGGGAGAACCACACUCCCGCAGCAAGGCCCCUCUGGCCCGUCCCUGUCGUCGCUGUCGCUAAGCAACAGGAGGGCUUUGGAGAGAAUUCCAUACAUUUUUAAAUACAUUUGAAGAGCGAAACAGCCAGUGGCUGCCUGCAGGAGUCUGAGUCCAGGGAAAGCUGCCUCCCUCCCUUCCCCUCCCCCUCCCCCUCCCCCCCACCCUCCCUCCCCCUCGACGCCCCUUCCAUCUCUCCCCCCGCCCUCUCUCUCCCUUCCCCCUCCCUCCCCACCCCUCCUUUCCUCCCCUCCCCCUGCCCUCUGCCGCUUCCCACAAUUAUUUGAAUUCUGAUUUUUAUCAGAAACCAAUGGAAACCACAUCCAGGCUGAAUUUUUGAGGGAGAACAGAGCAGGGGGUAGGCUGGAGCCAGUGGGGGGGGUGAGGAGGGGCAGAGGGAGCAGGCGUGAGGGAGGCGGCAGCUCCACGCCCACCCGGGAGCCCCCCGUGAGUGUACGUGUGCGCACACACACACACACCCACACGCAGACACAUCCCAGCCUCACUCGCACCCAGGCUGCACCCGCCUCCUUCCUGACUCUGAAGGCUGCCCAUUCUCUGUGUGCAGCCCAGACAAGGGCUCAGGCCUCACUCUGUGCCCCCGGGGUCAGCCACUGAGUCCAGAGGCUGCCGGGCACUGGCCAGGCCGGGGAUACGCGGGAGGGGCUCCCCACAACCCCGGCUCCGGGGUGCACACACGGGUCCUGCUCCCCAGGCGGGGCUCUUGGUCCCCAGCUCUGGGCCGCCGGACAGCAGAGCCUGGGCUGCCUCUCCUGAUGCCAGUGGGACGGGGUGAAAUGAGAGGCACACCCUGCAACUGUUUGCAGGGCCAGUUCCGCCAAAUAGUCAACCCCCGCCCUCCAUCCCCGGCCUCUGCUUAUGUGGGGGCCACAGGGCCUGCUGCUUCAAAGGUACUCGAAAGUCUAAGGAACGAGCUGACCCGCGCCCUUCCCCCUCCUGCACCAGAACUUGCUGGAGGGGCGCUGGGCCCUCUUCCCUGGGGCGCACCUGGAGCUGGGCUCCGAGCAGGUAACCAGGACACUCAGGCCUGGCACCCCUGAGGGCAGACCCCGAGGCUGGUCCCCGCUGCAGCAGGGCACCCAGCAAGGGGCCACUGUGGUGUCCCCCACGUGACACUCAUGGCCUCAGAUCUGCGGCCACCUGCCCAGCUCAGCAAUCCCCCCUCUCCCCCUACCCUGGGCAGAGGGAGGGCAGACGGCAGAGCCCCCUGGAGGCAGGUGACCACACGGAAGUUCCCGCAAAGAAGGAGUCGCAAGGUUGGGGCGGGUGCAUCUUGGCGUGGGCUCAGCCCAGGGAGAGGCGAGAGAGCACGGAGCCUGCAUCCUCCACCCCCCCACCCCAAGAGAGGGCGCCAUCCCACCCCCCCUCACUGCUCAGCACCCCUGUCUCUGGAGGGUGAGCACUUUCCAGGGUCCUGCCUCCUAAUAUCCCACCUGAGCAAAACUCCCAGAGCGACCCUCUGCUCAGUAGGUGUAGCCAGCGUCCGCCCCAUCAGUUUAAGGACGCAGGCUCCACCUCCGCCCCAUUGCCCCUGAGACCCACAGACACUCCUCCUGAGCCACCGGCCACUCGGGGCUGCCCAGAAGGGGCUGCAAAGGGGGUCCCUGGCUUCUUCAGGCUCCAUUUUCACCGAGCUGGGAGGGGGCGUCGCCCACGAACUGAUACCACCCUUACAGAGGCUGCAUGGCCAGUGCCCCGCCCCAGUGGGUGAGGUCAACCCACGGAUCUUGCCCCACCCUGACUCCCAGGGCCCCGGGCAGCGCCAUCCAAACCCUUCCCAGGAUGGCCUCCCAUGUAGACACCCAGGGUCCAAGUCCUUGUGGGCUGGUGGUCCAGGGGGGAUGCGUUGCCGAUUGUAAGUGGGGGCCCCGAGCUGGGGAACAAAGACGGGAGACAACCCAGAAGGUCCCACGGGCGGUGAAGGCUGUUUUAACUCCCUCCAAACCCGCCUGCUGGAUUUUCCAGCAUCCUGGUGUUCCAGCCAGUCUGUAGCUUCCGCACCCCGUGGGAGAGAAGGCCGGCCGUGGGCUCCUUCCACCCCAGCAGCUUGCCUUUUGGCCUCACCCGGCAGCUGCGGCAUGUUGGGGAGUAUUUCUUCCCUCUGGAAGGACCUCCAGCACCGUGACGGUGGACACGAGGCUGUCCCUGGCCUCCCGGCCUCUGACUUCCGUCUCUGGCCCCCAGGCCAUCUGUCCGCACAGUGCGUCCGGGGUCCGGGCUGCGGGCCUGUGCGCUGGCAGUGGCACCGCAGUGGCGUGGAACUCCCCACCCCACCCCCCACAGGAGGCUCUUUGUCCCGAAGCUCUCUGGGUCCCCUCGGAGGUUUCCGGUCACAUCCAGCAGCAGGAGCUCCGAGGACGUCAGCCUCAGGCCCCUCCGGGACGCCACGUCCUCCCCCUGAGGGGACACCAUCCAGGAGUCAUCACGCCCUGCUGGGCAGCAGUGGGGCCGGCGCCCUGCCCCCACCUCCGUCGGCAGAGCUGCUCUGGGGACAAAGGGGACAAGAGUCUGGCUGCGCUUGAAACGUCUAGGGGGAGGCCCUCGCCUUCCUAACUCGAGCCCCACCCCAGGGGGGACCCUGUGCCAAGGAUGACAGGGCCUCCUGUGGGGGCCACGAGCUCGCCCAGAGGGUCCCUGGGAGAACAUGGGGCCGGCCCAGUCCCCUCAAGGCGUUUGAGUGUGUGACUUGUCAACGGGAGAUGCGCCCGCCCCAAAACACUGCACCAUCGGCCAAACCUGGAAAUGUUGAAGCUACAGGAAACUUUGAGGGAGGCGCCUGCCCCAAGGGAGCGGCCACGGCCAAGGACGCCCACGGCACCUGCCCUGGGCUCCAGCCUGCAGACGACUCUGCAUUUGCCCUUCCCUGCUCAGUACAUGUCUGCCGCCCGUUCCUUCGCCCCUCCGGGAAUGUGGGCUCAGCCCCUUGGAGGGAGAACUGGAACCGGGGGGAACAGGGGCAGAAGGGGCUCCUGGACCCGGUCCCCACCCAGUGCCCCCGCCCGUCCAGCUUGCUGUGUGUGCGUCGGAUUUCAAGAUGCAAAACCUUUAUCUUUUAUUAUAAAAGCGGUUCGUUCUCUCGUGAAAAAUUUAAAUAACAUGAAAGAUACAAA